AUGCGCUUCACCGAAGGAGUUUGGUACGGAAGAGAAGACGUCGAACUCACCUCGGCCCAGGAAGUCGGGAAGCUCGAUUUCGACGCCUUGGAACGACCUUAUUAUCCUUCUCUUAGCACCGCACCGCCCGCUCUCCGCUCUACGGAAUCUUCUUCUCCAUCUCGAUCUCUUACUAAAGAGCUGAAAGCGGUAUUCCACACCCGCCCAGUAAAGAACCGAGGAGAUACCCUGAACAAACCGACACUUUCAGCUACUUUCCAUUCUCCGGCACCGGGGAUUAUCGGGGUGGAAGUAGCUCAUUUCAAAGCCAAGCCCGCGCAGAGUGAACCACGGGUACGACUUUUUCCCUGUGAAGGCAAAGCUGGAGCUGGAGCUGAGGCUAGGAGCAAAGAGGAUGAUAAUGGUCGGAUCGUCUUUGGGCCUUCGAGCGGAGAGACGGGAAAACGGCCGGGUUCCGUGAGCUUGUUCUCGUCUUCGGACGAGAAUGGGUCUGAGGUGGAGGUCGACCUGCAACCGGGUUCUUUCGGGAUCCGGUUUUACGGCCCAGUCCCACCUUCCAACUGUUAG